AACUAAAAGCUGAUAACCGAACAGACAUCUCAAACCGCGAGAAGCAGGAGAUGGCGAAUGUCAUCUUCUUCUCCAGCUCCUUCUCCCCCUCCCAUUUCCACUUUCCCUCUCUGCUUCCCAAGCCUCCGCCAUUUCUAAGCGUCGUCAACUCUGAGAAGAAGAAUUUCAGCAAUUCCCUUAACUUGGUCGAUAAAACACUAAUUGGAGCUCUUUCAGGAGUGCUCUCGUUCGGCUUUCUUCUCCAUUCACCCUCAUCUGUUGCGUUAGAUUAUUCGGCUGUGGAUUUUUUUUCUUUAUCAGCUGAUUCUUUGCCGUCUUCUACGCUGUCCGAUUCAUCUGCGUCUUGUAUUGAAGACGAGCUACAUGAAAUUGGAAGCUCUGAGACUGUGUCCCCGCCGGCGACUAACGAGGAUAUCGUGCAGGAGGCUUGGGAAAUUGUAAAUGAUAGCUAUCUAGAUGCUGGUCGCCAUCGCUGGUCCCCUGAAUCCUGGAAGCAAAGGCAAGAAGACAUUACUAAUAUUUCAAUUCAAACUCGAUCAAAGGCGCACAAUAUCAUCCGGAGAAUGUUAGCCAGCUUGGGCGAUCCUUAUACGCGUUUUCUUCCCCCUGCAGAGUUCUCCAAAAUGGCGAGGUAUGACAUGACUGGUAUUGGAAUAAACCUUAGGGAAGUUCCAGAUGAUAAUGGAGGCAUGAAAAUAAAGGUACUGGGACUCUUAUUAGAUGGUCCUGCACAUUUGGCUGGCAUUAGACAGGGAGAUGAAGUUUUAGCUGUAAAUGGAGUGGAUGCGAGAGGGAAAUCAGCAUUUGAAGUAUCUUCAUUACUACAAGGCCCUAAUGAAACACUUGUGACUGUUAAGGUCAAGCAUGGCAACUGUGGACCAGUAGAAAGUAUACAAGUCCAAAGACAAGUUCUUGCUCGAACUCCUGUCUUUUACCGCCUAGAGCAAAUGGAUGCUGCCUCUUCUGUUGGGUACAUUCGCCUAAAGGAAUUUAAUGCAUUGGCUAAAAAAGACUUGGUUACUGCAAUGAUGCGUCUUGAGGCCAUGGGUGCUUCAUAUUUCAUUUUGGAUCUCAGAGAUAAUCUUGGUGGACUGGUGCAGGCUGGAAUUGAAAUUUCAAAGCUAUUCCUGAAUGAAGGGAGCACGGUGAUCUAUACAGUUGGAAGGGAUCCUCAAUACCAAAAAACUGUUGUUGCAGACACUGGACCAUUAGUUACAUCUCCAGUUGUGGUUCUAGUGAACAAAAGAACUGCAAGUGCAAGUGAAAUUGUUGCUUCCUCGCUCCAUGAUAAUUGCAGAGCUGUUCUUGUGGGGGAAAGGACUUAUGGCAAGGGUUUAAUUCAAUCUGUUUUUGAACUUCAUGACGGGUCUGGUGUUGCAGUCACUGUCGGGAAAUAUGUUACCCCAAAUCACAAAGAUAUAAAUGGAAAUGGAAUCGAACCCGACUUCAAAAACUUCCCAGCAUGGAGUGACGUCGCUGAACGUCUCUUGCAGUGCUCCAUACUUCAUCAAGGAUAACACAGGUUUCCACGAGCGCAGUCGGUCUUCUUUUGCUGCUCGGCCCAAUUUCAUGAAUGUGUAGAGCAUGAAGGAGGAUCAAAAUCAGUUUAUCCACCCAUGAGUUUAGGAUUUGGAACUCAUCUCAGUCUAGAUUCACUACACUCAAAGGUGCAGACAAGAACCAUGGAGAAGUUUUGCAUCUAAUAAGCCCUUGUUUUAAGCAAUUAGAGGCCAUAGGAAUAUUUUUUUCAGUGAUUCUCUUGUUGUAAAUGGUUACUAGUGACAUUAGUCAAACGUUCUGGAACUUCAGAUUGUUUGGAAUUCGUCAGCUUGAAGAAAUGUGCAUUUAUACUUUCUCAGUUAGAAACACCUCAUUCAUGCA